AUGGAUUAUCACCAUACUUCCACCUAUUACACUUCUGAGGACAUUCAGAGUGUAAUUUCAUACGCACAGAGCUUGGGCAUUCUUGUCUACCCAGAGACAGACAUGCCUGGCCAUAGCGAUAUAUGGGGAGUAUGGAAGAAAGAUCUAGUAGUAGGCACGCCAGAUCCGAAAAACCCGAUGGCUCAACUCGAUAUAAGACAGCAUCGACACGACGUGUAUGAUUACAUAGUUGAUUUAGUCUCCACGGUUGAUAGGUAUUUUGGAUCUCCUCUUCAUCAUUUCGGUGCCGAUGAAGUGGCAUAUAUCUGGGAGACUGAGGACGACAACAAGUUAUUUGAAACAUUUCUGAGCUGGCUGAAACAAUUGUGCCCAAACAAAUCGCUAAUCAUGUGGGACGACCCUCUCACUGACGAGAAAAAGAGUAUAGAGGUCUCAAAUGAUUGGAUCAUACAAACCUGGCAUGACGGUCGUACGCAAGAAGUGCUCAAAAUGGGUCACCGGGUUAUAGUCUCCGAAUCCAACGCAUUCUACAUUGGAAACGCCGACUACGAUAAGGUGGCCUCAUUUGUAUUUCCAAAGGACUUGAACGUCCUCGGGUUCGAGAUUGCGUGGUUCACUUCGGAGGGCGAUGAUCCAUAUGAUUUCCGAAAAGGCUGGGUCAUAGAACCGCUAAGAGCUGCGUCGAAAAUUCGAAGAAAAUGAAC